AUGCCAACCAUCGGCAUCUUCCCCGCCUCAGGCGGCCUCGGCAACAGCACUUACACCCAUCUCCUCAACAAGGUGUCCCCUUCCAACACCGUCCUCAUCAGCCGCCACCCAGACAAGACUCCCCAAAUCUACAAAGACCAGGGCGUCCAGCUCCGCCAGGCUUCAUACGAGGCAUCGCCCGCCGAGCUCGAAGCUGCCUUCAAAGACAUCGACGUCUUGUUCCUCAUAUCCUACCCCAGCCAUGUCCACGAAUACCGCACGUCACUGCAGAUUCCGGCUCUGGACGCUGCCCACAGAGCCGGCGUCAAACACAUCUUCUACUCGUCCCUCGCCUUUGCCCUGCCGGACAAGGACGCCACGCUGGCAGAGGUCAUGGGCGCCCACCUCGACUCGGAGGCGCAUCUGCGCAAACUAGCUGCCCAGGAUCCUGGCUUCUCCUGGACUGUCAUCCGCGAGGGCCUCUACCAUGAAUCGUUCCCCAUUUAUACCGCCUUCUUGGAUCUCAACGACCCGACGACCACUGAGAUUCGUAUUCCCCACGAUGGCUCCGGCCCUGGUAUAAGUUGGGCCAAGCGAGAUGAGCUGGGCGAAGCCUCGGCAAAUCUGAUUGCUCAGUACGCUCAGGACCCAGCCGCUUUCUCCUGGAAGAACAGGCUUGUAGCCCUGACUGGACCUCGUGAAUGGUCUCUUGCCGAUACCGUCCAGCUUCUCUCCACGGUGGCUGGCAGAGAGUUGCAAAUUCGAGAGGUUACCGUGGAUGAGUAUGCCACGCAGCCGCAGGUCACUGCAAAGUUUGGAGGCAGUCCUCUCGCACAGACUUGGGCAACUGCGUGGGAUGCCAUUCGUGCUGGAGAGACAUCGCAUGUAUCGUCCUCUUUGGAGCAGUUGCUGGGGCGUCGACCAGAGGAAUUUGACGUUACCAUCAAGAACCUCUAUCAAGCAGGUAAAAAGUGAUUUUAAAGCCGGCGUGACGGGUGUCAACGAAAUGAACUCCUGUCUGGUAGCACCAGCUUGUAUAAUAAAAAAGAAAAAAUUGAUCAGGGGCGGAAUAAUUGCAAGUAAAAUAGUAUCGUUAGCAUCUUCUUACUCAGGCGUCUACACUGUCACCAUCUCUCAAAGCACUGUGCAAUUUCUGUCAUGUUACAUAUCCGAUUAGAUCUCCAGUACACCUAACAUGCAUUGAAUCUAGACACAGUUACGACUACCCAAAGACACCGAGUAUCAAUCACUAAGAGGAAGACAAUACAAAAAGAAAGUAUUGUAAGAAAAAAAAACGGAUGCGGCACUGUUCCAAACCCAGUCAAAGCUAAAGGGUAUCAAUUCGUCAAACCCAGAUCCACUGGUGUUGAUGUGGCCGUAGCCUAGCGUUGGAAAGACUUAUUGCCUCCCAGUCAGAUUCGCAAGUGCAACUCAGUUGGCGUUGGCUGCGCAUAGACGCCUUAUCCAAUCCAUUUCGUAAACAGACAAAAGAUAUCAUAUCGUUGAGCAAAGUUCCUCCCAUGGUAAAGGGGGGGAAGAAAAAGAACCCAGCCGUAUUCGCCACAAAUUCGCAGAUAAACGCCCCCAAAGAGAAACUGCAAGAAAUUGAGACAAGACGAGAGAGUGGCGGUAUUGAGUGAGAAACUGGUA